ACAAUUACAUAGUAAAUAAAAAAAAUCUUCUAUUUUUAAUCACAACUAAAAUACUUUUUUUUCUCUGUGUAGAUACAAAACAUUAUAUAUAUAUAUAAAUAUAAAUAUGGGUCGGGGAAAGCGUAAAUAUGCAAUUCUAGAUACAAAAAAUAUCCAAUCUGAUCCAGAAACAAAAAAACUAAGAAGAUUGGAAAUAAUUCAAAAAAGGAAAAGGAAAAGAGAAAAACAAAAUUCCAAUAAUAAUGAAAACCAAAUAAAAAAAUGUUGCCUAGAUGAUAUGGUUGUACAUCCUUACUUACAUUCAACUCACGGAAUGGUCUCAUUCCCAUCUAAUUAUAUACAAUAUCUAAAAGCAACAUAUAAUGAUAGGUCGUAUCUAGGAAAGCCAGAAUAUACUUGUAAAUAUUGUAAUGCUAUAUUUUGGUUUAAUGAACGCAAUCUUAAAGAUACAAAAGUAAACAAAGAAAUAUUAUACUCUAAAUGUUGUAAAUAUGGAAAAAUAAAAAUACCACCAUACAAAGAACCACCAUCGUUUCUAUCUAUGUUGAUUAAUAAUAAAGACAACACAUUAUCAAGACAUUUUCUACAAAAAAUUCGACAAUAUAAUUGCCUUUUCUCUUUUACAUCUAUGGGUGCAAAGAUUAAUAAAAAUAUAAACGAUGGUCAAGGACCAUAUGUUUUCCGUGUAAAUGGACAAAUACACCACCGUAUUGGUUCCCUGCUUCCUCAAAAAAAUAAUGAUCCUAAAUUUGCAGAACUAUAUAUUUUUGAUACAAAAAAUGAGAUCGAAAAUAGAAUUCAAGCAUUAAAUAAACAAGAGGGUGAAACAAGUAAUAAUAUAAAUCCCUAUAUAGUUGAAGAGCUUAAAAAAAUGCUCGAUGAAUAUAAUCCAUUAGUUAAAGUAUUUAGACAUGCACGUGACCUACUCGAAGAACACAAAAAUAUAGAUAUUAGCAUCCGCAUUGUUGGAGCAAACAAGGGCGAUCCUAUACAAUAUGAAAUACCACAUACAGAAGAAUUAGCAAUGCUUAUAGUUGGCGACUUAAAUCUAGAAAAAUAUAGAAGAGACAUAAUUGUUAGUACAAAAAAUAAAGAACUACAACAUAUAAGUAUAUUUCACCCAGCAUAUAUGGCACUACAAUAUCCUUUACUAUUCCCAUAUGGAGAAAGAGGAUUUCAACUAGGAAUAAAGUAUCAAGAAACAAAUAACAGUUUUAUAGCCAAAAGAAAAAGAUGUACAAUAACAUCACAUGAAUACUAUAAAUAUCAUAUGCAUUUUAGACCAAAUCAGCCAAAUCCUUAUCUAUGCUACGGUAGAUUAUCAAAGCAAGCAAUAGUCGAUGCUCGUGCAAUUGAAGAUGAAGAUAGACUUAUGUAUAUAUCUAGAAAUCAAGACAAGUUAAGAGCCGAAUAUCUUCAAGGUAUAUUUGAUGCAGUAGAAAAAGGACUUAGUGAAGGAAAACAAAUUGGGAAGAGAAUUUUAUUACCGUCAAGUCAUGUAGGAUCACGAAGAUACAUUAUACAAAAUUAUCAUGAUGGUAUAGCAAUUUGUAGAGAAUAUGGACCACCUGAUUUAUUUAUAACAUUCACAUGUAAUUCUAAAUGGCCUGAAAUAUUAUUGUCUAUUCUACAUGGUGAACAAGCUAGUGAUAGAGCUGAUACUAUAGUGCGUGUAUUCCACAUGAAACUAGAAGAGCUAUUAAAAGAUAUACAAUCAAAAAAAAUAUUCGGUGAAACACUUGCAAUUUUAUAUUCUAUUGAAUUUCAAAAAAGAGGAUUACCACAUGUACACAUUUUACUUUGGCUAGAUAAAAAACAAUAUGAAAUAACUCCAGAUAUAAUAGAUACAUGGAUAUCAGCUGAAAUACCUAAUCCAUAUGAAGAUCCGUUAGGAUAUACGCUUAUAGCUGAACAUAUGAUACAUGGACCAUGUGGAGAAAAAAAUGAAAGUAGCCCGUGCAUGAGAAAAGAAAAAUGUUCAAAGUAUUAUCCAAAAGAAUUCCAGAAUGAAAGCAAUUUUACCAAUAAUGGCUUCACUCAAUAUCGUAGACGAGAUACUAAUAUAUACAUACGUAGAGACAAUCAUAACUUAGAUAAUAGAUGGGUUGUGCCACAUAAUUUAUAUCUCCUAAAGAAGUAUCAAGCACAUAUAAAUGUAGAAUAUGUAAAUAAGAGUAAAUUGCUCAAAUACUUAUGCAAAUAUGUUAACAAAGGACCAGAUAAAGCAACCAUUAUCUUUGAACAUAUAAAAAAGGGAGACAAUGAAAAUACUGAUAAAGAGAAAAAAGAUAUUGAUGAAAUCAAGGAAUAUUUAGACUGCAGAUAUAUAUGCGAACUAGACGCAAUAUGGAGAUUGCUAGGUUUUGAGAUACACUACCAUUGGCCACCAGUCGAGAGACUACCAGUACAUUUACCUCUACAGAAUAUAGUAAAAUUACAUAAAAAUACGAGAUUAAAAAACAUAAUAGAAGAUCCUAAAUAUAAAUCAACAAAAUUAACUCAAUGGUUUGAGGCAAACAAUCUAUAUGAAAAUGCUAGAAAUGUGACAUAUUGUGACUUUCCAAAAUUUUGGACAUGGAAUACAACAAAGAAAAAAUGGGUCAAAAGAGAACAAGGGUUAAAAAUUGGACGUCUGUAUUAUGUCAAUCCUAUAGAAGGUGAGCGUUUUUAUCUUAGAAUGCUACUAAUGAUAAUAAAAGGCGCAACGAGUUAUGAGGAUAUAAAAACAUUCAAUGGGAUAAUAUAUCAUACUUUUAAAGAAACAUGUGCAGCACGUGGUUUACUAAAAGAGGACAAUGAAUGGUAUAAAACUUUUGAUGAAGCUACGCAUUGGGCUACAGCUUUACAAUUACGAUACCUCUUUACAACUAUACUACUAUUCACUGACUUGCAAGAUGAAAGAAAAUUCUAUGAAAUGAAUUGGAAAAAAAAUGGUUGACGACAUUCAUCAUAAAUUAAUUAGUAAAUACGAACCAAUUAUUUACAUGCCCACGGAAUCAGAAUUGCAAGAAAAACUAUUAGAGGAACUGCAAAAUAUUUUCGCAAAAAAUGGAGUUAGUAUAUGUACUUACAAUCUUCCAGAAAUCUCAUCAAACUAUACACCAAAUGACAAUAAUCAACUUAUUCAAGAAGAAUUAAACUAUGAUCAACAAUCUUUAGAAAUCGAAGCAACCAAAUUAUAUUCCCAAUUGAAUAUUGAUCAAAAAAAUGCUUUCCAUGAGAUCAUAAAUAGUGUUGUAAAUGGAAAAUCAAAUUUUUUCUUUGUAUCCGGUCAUGGAGGAACUGGCAAAACAUUUCUAUGGAACUGUAUUAUAUCGUUUCUAAGAGCACGAAGAAAAAUAGUUUUGACAGUUGCAUCAUCAGGAGUAGCUUCACUAUUACUUCCAAAUGGACGUACAACACAUUCUAGAUUUAAGAUUCCAAUAGAUAUUGAUGAAUUAUCAGUUUGUGAAAUAAAACGAGGCACAAAAUUAGCACAACUACUAACACAUACUGAUCUUAUUAUAUGGGAUGAAGCAUUGAUGACUAAUAGACAAUGCUUUGAAGCACUAGAUAGAACACUAAAAGAUAUAUUAUCUGAAAAACAAUCUAAACUAUUAGAUAUCCCUUUUGGUGGAAAAGUUGUUGUUCUUGGAGGUGACCCAAAACAAAUAUUACCAGUUAUAGAAAAUGCUUCUAAAUCACAAAUCAUAAAUGCCUCAAUAUUAAGGUCAUAUCUCUGGAAUCAUAUAAAAAUAUUAUCUUUACAUGAGAAUAUGCGCUUAAAAAAACUACAAUGUACUGAUUCAGAAAAUAAUGAAUCAAUUGAUUUUAAUAAUUGGAUAUUAAAUGUUGGAAAUGGGAGCUCUAGCAUAUCAGAAACCGAUAUAGAUGAUGACGACGAAGAUUGCACUAUAGUUGAAAUACCAUCUGAUUUGUUGAUUACUACAACAGACAAUAAAAUAAAAUCAUUAGUUCAGUCAACAUACCCAUGUUUCCAAGACAAAUACAACGAUCCAGAAUAUCUUAAAGACAGAGCUAUUCUUGCAACAACAAAUGAAAUAGUUGAUCAAAUAAAUGAUUAUAUAAUUAGCUUAAUACCGAGUUUGCAAAUCGAAUAUUUUAGUGCUGAUAGCAUAUCGAAUUGCACAGAUACAUGUAAUGAUGUUGAUGUACUUUAUCCAAUAGAAUAUCUCAAUAGCUUAAAUGCAAAUAACUUUCCAACUCAUAACCUAAAACUCAAAGAGGGUGUACCGAUAAUGCUUUUAAGAAAUCUGAACCAAAGCCUUGGUUUAUGUAAUGGCACAAGACUAAUAGUAACAAAACUAGGACAAAAUGUUAUUGAGGCUAUUAUAAUUACAGAAACACAUACUGGAGAAAAAACAUAUAUACCUAGAAUUAAUUUAACAACACACGGUUCUCAUUGGCCUUUCACAUUAUGUAGACGACAAUUUCCAAUAAAGGUAUGUUAUUCAAUGACUAUAAAUAAAAGCCAAGGACAAAGUUUAUCCAAUGUUGGUGUUUAUUUAAAGAAACCAGUAUUCACACAUGGACAAUUAUAUGUUGCAAUAUCAAGAGUCAAAGAUAGAAAGGGAUUAAAAAUAUUAAUAGAAAAUCCGGAUGGAUCAUGUGGAACUAAAACUAAAAAUAUUGUUUACAAAGAAUUACUUGAAAUGAUCAAACUAUAAGAAAUUACAUAUCCUUAAUACGCUUCAAUCUUUUUCACUAUUCUAUUUUUAUAAAUCCUACCGUUAUAUUCUUUUUCUAAACUUUGAUCAAAUUUUCCUCUAUAUUAAAAUAAAGAAAACACACUCGUAGAAAAAACUUUUGGUGCCCUUUAUUAUGUAUCAUGACUUUAUUACUAAAAUUAACUUAUUAUUAACCUAAAUCUAUUUUCUAUAUUCUUAUGAACCUUCAUUG